GAGAGCUGGUAGGGGGCAGGAGGAAGCAGCUCUUCUCCUCCUCCUUUAUGACAUUGAUGGGCACGUCAUCCACCCAAUGGGCGCGCGGGAGCUUCCAAAGGGGCGCUCGGCAGUGGCGCAGCGAAGGCAAAGCAGGCGGGGUUUUCGGCCUUUCCUUUCUCUCUCUCGCUCUCUUUUUUUUUUUGGCCCCAGCCAGCCAGCCAACCAACCAACCAGCCUGCCAGCCAGCAUGUUCGGGUGAGGCCCUUUGGUGCGAUCGGGGCGGCGUCUCGGGCUCAGUGUGGUCGGAGGCGGCGGAGGGGCCGGGCGCUUCCGAGCGUCGCUGCUGCUACUGUUGUUGUUAUGGGGCCGCUAAUGGCGUCGGGGCUGCCGCCGCCGCCGGGAGCAGUGUCGGGCGGCGCCAGGCGGAGGUAGCCGAACCGAGCGGGACGACGCGAGCGAAGGAGGGCAGGAUGGAGGAGAAGGCGGCCAAGGAGGACGGCGACUCGGAGAUCCAGGAGCUGCACGGGCCCGAGCACUGGUUCAGCAAGUGGGAGCGGCAGUGCCUGGCCGAGGCCGAGCAGGACGACGGCGCGCUGCCGCCGGAGCUCCAGGACGACGGCGAGGCCGCCGCCGCCGCCGCCCCGCAGCCUGAGCACAAGCAGCAGAAGCUCUGGCACCUUUUCCAGAACUCGGCCACGGCCGUGGCGCAGCUCUACAAGGAUCGUGUGUGUCAGCAGCCGGGCCUCUCCCUGUGGGUUCCAUUCCAGAAUGCAGCCACUGCUGUCACCAACCUCUAUAAAGAGAGCGUGGAUGCCCAUCAGCGGAGUUUCGAUGUAGGGAUCCAUAUUGGCUAUCAGCGUCGUAACAAGGAUGUGUUGGCUUGGGUUAAAAAGCGCAGAAGAACUAUUCGCAGAGAAGACUUAAUCAGCUUCCUGUGUGGGAAAGCGCCUCCUCCACGAAACUCUAGAGCUCCCCCAAGACUGACUGUAGUAUCCCCUAACCGAGCUACUUCGACAGAAACUAGCUCCUCUGUGGAGACGGACUUGCAGCCCUUCCGAGAAGCCAUAGCUCUCCAUGGUCUUAGCGGUGCAAUGGCUAGUAUAAGUGUUCGCUCGAGUACCCCGGGCUCGCCCACUCACGUGAGCAGCGGCUCCAACAGUAGUCGAAGGAGAAAUGGACUCCAUGAUGUUGACUUGAACACUUUCAUAUCCGAAGAAAUGGCACUCCACUUGGACAAUGGUGCAACUAGAAAGCGUACCUCAGCCCAGUGUGGCGAUGGCAUUACGGACUCCCCAACCCAUAAACGCAAUCGUAUGAUCUAAAUGGCAAAACCUUUUGAAACCCCCUCUCCCCCCUCUCUCAUCCCCACCCCACCCCGGCCGUGCUGCUUGAAAGCCACUCGAUCCCCAGUGUGCUACUGCUGGGAAAACAAACCUUGAGGCGCACUCAUCCCAAGUCACACAGAUUUAAUAAUCGCCAUAAACGAAAGCUUAUGUACUGAAAGUAGAUUCUUCUCGUAACUACAGCUUUCUUCAAAUUUAGAUUUCUUUAGCAGAGGACUUCCAAUGUUGUGUAGUAGCUAGCAAGCUCAUCGCAGGCAGAAAACGUGCAUCCGUUCCAAGGCUAAAAGUGACCUUACUUGUACUCCGAAAGGGAAAAAGGAAAUACCAGACAUUUAUUUGGUUAUAGAAAUGCUUUUUUGUCCUUUAUUUCUUGCCGUGUUUAAAUAUUUGCUUCAACAGUACUGCCAUUUUGACGACAGUGUCAAAAACAUGACUUGGCAUCUAAGACCUGCAGGCUUCUUUUUUGAAUAUAUAUAUAUAUAUAAUUUUCUUUUUAAAGCUCUACUUGACACAUUAAUUUCUAUAUAGUAAGUGUACAAGUUUAUAAUUAAAGUACUGGCCUGUACCCUUUUUUAAGUUCCAAAAGCAGUUGAUGGUGGCCAUGUGGCAAUGUAAAGAGGUUCUACGAUGCUAAUGCAACGGAUACUAAAUCAAUACUAAAAGGAUCUUCGUUGGGUUUGCUUUGUGUGUGUGUGAAAACUCUGAAGUAGCUGCACCAGUCUCAUCUCCUGCACCCUCCCCUCCAAGAACUUUUUAAUUGGAAGUCUUUCAGUUAAUUGCCCAUUAUAACUUGGAGUAUUCCCUUGUAAGCAAGCAGCAGAAUUCUGCAUUAAUUGCCAGAGAGGAACUGUAACUGGAGAACAGGUGGCUUAGUUACUACAAGUCUGUAUUGUAUGCUUCCUGUGAAGAAAUUAUCUGUAUAGAAUGACGGGGAUGGUGGGGGGGGGGAAGGGACUAUAGUAGUUUUUAUUUUUAAAGAAAGAUAUUGGAUGCUUUUCCCCACUAUAAUGAGUUUGACUUCUGGGCUGCUUAAGGAAACACUACCUGAACCACCUAAGACACCCAGGGCAGGCUUUCCUCCCAUUUGGGAGCUAGAUGUGAAACUUCCCAAGUCCCACAAGACAAACAUCCCUGGGAAAUAAUCCUGGAACACUGUUUCCAGUGGCUUCGGUGCAAGGUGCUGCAGACGUGAAUGAAAGCUUACGCUGGCCUGGAUUGAAUGUGAACAAAUGGCAAAGGGUCACCCUAUGAAGGCAUGCUUGGCGAAGCCAUUUUCUGGAUGCACCAGGUUUUCUCAAUGUCAGUCACACGGAGCAUUUAAAGCCUUGGAGAAAGUUUGAAGGAGGCUUAGGGGGAGACCAGGACAUACAGGCAGACAAGCCAGCCCUUGUGAAACAGAAGCCAAGGAUAGUGGCCGGGUUUGCAUGUAACAUUAAGCCGAACAGUGGCUUUGCACAAAUGAGCAAACGCGUUGGCUUUUGCUGCUGCGCUCCUCCCCUUGUCCUGCUGCCACCAAUACACUGCUGUGAACUAAGGCAUGGUUUGGCUUAGCAUUGUGCCCUAACCUGGGGACGUGGUUUGUUUUACUCCAGAUUAGCCAUGAGGUGUAGCCAAGACUUGUUUGUGAUUUACUACUCUUUGUCUGGGGGAGAUAAACUACAACUCCAGUUUGGAUGUAGCGCUAAGCCAAACUAUGGCUUAACAGUGGGUAGUGUGGCAGUAGCAAGACCAUGGGAGCUAUUUGAAGUCCGGGAACUUUUAUGUUGCUUGUUCACACUAAGCAAUGGUUGGCAACAUUAUGUGUGAACUGAGCCAAUAGUUGAUCCAGAAGGCUGCAUCCAUUCCCCAGUUCCAGAGAUCUGCCUUGUCUUAAGUGGGAAAUGGAAUGAUGCCUCACCUACUUCUUACCUAUAGAUAUUCUAGCUGGGGUUUCUAACCGUCUAGCCAGCAAGUAACUCAGUUUGAACACUGCUUGGCCUGACCAGCUAGGCAGCAUCAAGGCACCAAUUCAAUCUCUCUUCACACCCCAUAAUGCAAAUGCAGACUGUGAUCCAAUCUACGGUAAGUUCCUCAUUUCACUUAGCAGGAUGCAGAACUCCAAAGGCACAUAAAUCUCUCUGAAUGGAAGCCCUUUGCUGGGCAUCUGGGGUAGGGUGGCGUAAGUAUUUGGAAUACCUACAGAGAACUGUUGGAUUGUGGGAUGCGAGAAUAGGCAUUGCUGGCUGAUGUGGAGUUGCAAAUAGCUCUUGAGUUUUCUGCACUUCAGCCUUGAGGUCUCCUAUCACCAUUUAGGAGAAGUGUGUUUUGAACUACAGGGUACUUCAUCUAAUGGUUUGAGGCCAUGAACUUGCAAUUGCAAGAUGCAUGUUGCUUUUUUGCUUUUGUAGAGUUUUUACAUAUUGCUAGUAACAGCUUCGGGAAGUUCCUUUAAAAAAAAGUUAUGUGGUGUUGUGGCUACAGGUUUGUAGUUCAUGAAACUAUGCGUGUAUUUUAAAGCAAGUCCAAUCUCAAGCCUUCCUUCGCAUAGUCUCACAGGCACAUUUUCUGAAGGUUGCCCAUGUGUAUGCACCAGCUAGGUAACUUGUUGACCUAAAAAAAUACACCAUUGCUUCUGUGCAACAUUUGUAAUUCACAUGUGGUCUAGAACUAGCUUCCAUCUCGAGAAUUUGCACUUGAGACUGGUGCAUUAGUGAGUAAGACCACAGUGCAAAACAGGCCACCAGCUUUUUUUCUGUGCAAAAAAGAAAGGUGGUAUUUCAGACACGUAGCAGGAGGAUGUCUUAAUUGGGAAACCCAAAGCGGUGGGCAGAAUUGUUUUUUGUGUUUUGAUAGCCAUCAGCCUUGAAUGGGCAAAUAGUUACAUAAUAAAGUCUGCCACUGCUGUGCGCCCCCCAACCCCAUCACUCUUAAAUUGAUUUAGUUCAUAGGUAUACAGAAUUAGUUGAGAGAGGUUUUGUAGAACGUUGCCUAAGCACUGGGUUUUUUUCUGAUCAGUGGUAUGUUUUCUCCAAAGUAAUUAAGUGAGAGCCGGCUUGUAAUGCUAGAUGGAUAACGUUUGUUUUAUGGCUUAAAAGAAUUUGAAAAGGAAAUGUGGAUCUUGAUGUGUGAAAUCCUCCCACAACCCCUUCCCAAAUAGAAUAUAAUAACUUCUCUGUUUGUUAAUGCUUUGAAGCUUUUCUGUCACAGUCUAGUUCCUCUGAACAAAAUUUGUCAAGCAAUUUUUAUAUUUUUGGUGCCAUUUUUUCCCCUUUCGGUAAAAGAGAAAAGCAGGCUUUGAUAAUCUAGCUGCACUAACAGUGUGUGUGCUUGUAAGUCUUCUGACAAAAAUUUUACUGCUUUUUUUUAACCCCCAUGUUUGCUGUUGAAAUAUUCAGCCUCCUGCCAAAAAACAACUCAUCUAGACUGUUAUGAUGAUGGCCUCAUCUGGGAAAUUGGUGUUUAGCAGAUUAAAGAUCCCAAUGUGAACUGUUUCCAUUGGUUGUGACUUCUGGAAGAAUAAGGCUAUUGUAAAAUGGACAUGCUUAAUGCUUUGGGAUGAAGUGGGUGGGUGGCCGAUUGCAGUUCAGCGUUUCUAUCUGGCGCGAAUUGAAUGCUUUCUGGUGACCUUUGUCUCAUCUCUUUUCCCCAUGUAAACCAAACUUAACAUGAAUGUGGGGCAGAUUUUACAUAUGGUAUAUCCUGCAUUGAAGCUGAGCUUGGCUUGCAUAUUACUAAAAAAAAUCAAUUUAAAUAUUAAAAACACUUGAGCUAUAGUGAAGUAAUGCAAAGCUGAUUUUUUUUUCUUCCUUUGUCUGAAACUGAACUCCUGCAAUCCUCAAAUGUGACUUACCCUUGCUGGAGAAAUAGAUACCUUUUUAAAACCCUAAUAAAAUUCAAAAUAAACCAA